UUUCUCCUUGAAUUGGCAUUUCAACAAAUGGACGGCUCAAACUCAACCAAGCUAUCGUAGAAGAACGACAUGCUACAGAAUCACCGAUGAAGGUUCUUCCAAGUCCGACCCUCCAACCUCUUCUGUGUUGCAUUUCUGCACCAAAUCCACGCUCCACCCACGUCUCUACCGGCAGAAGCGCCUCCCUCGCCACCCGAACCAAUAUAUUCUUCUCGUCGGCAGCCAAAUCCAAGCCUAUAGACCACGUCCUCAAGCUUUUCCACCUCCUUCCCGCCCGCGACACCGUCACCUGGAACACCGCCAUCUCCGCCUGCCUCCGCCACUGCCGAGUCGAUGCCGCCCUUCGCCUCUUCGUCGACAUGCUCCUUGCUUCCUCCCCUGCACCCGAUGCCAUCACAAUUCGCUUGGUUCUCAGAGCCUUCUCGGAAGCGAACGAUUCCCGGCUCUUGCCUCAGAUCCAUGCUUAUGUGCUCAAGCUCCAGGAGCAGCUCCCGCCCUCAGAACUGACCGUCCUUCACACUUGUUUGCUCAAUUCGUAUAGGAAAUUUGGAUACGUCGACCUUGCUCAUAAGGUGUUCUGCGGAAUGCCCGACCAAGAUGUCGUUACCUUCACUUCUAUGUUGACUGGCUACGUCCAGGAUGGCAGACAUGUGGAGGCGCUGAGGAUUUUCCAGGGAAUGGUUGAGAGUGGUCGAUUUAGGCUGAACGAGCAUGUGUAUUCUUGUGCAUUACGUGCUUGCGCUGGCAACUCAACCUUGUCUGACGCUCAGCAGAUCCAUGCACAUGUCCUGAAAUCAGGCAUGGCAUCUGAUGUGUUCACAGGUACUAGCUUGGUUGAUUUGUACGUAAAAUGUGAUGAGAUGGAGUGCGCAAGGAGAGCUUUCUUGGGAAUUUCUGAGCCCAGUGUCGUGUCGUGGAAUGCACUGAUGGCUGGGGAAUUGGAUGGAGAUGAAGAAAUUUUGUUAUUUGGUCACAUGAGGUCUUUAGGUGUGGUUCCAGACCACAUGACUUUCGCAAAUGUUCUUCGAGCUUGUGGAGAUGGUGUUGGCACUGAAGAAGUGCGGCAGUUGCAUGGCAUUGUCAUGAAGAUGAUGGAAGUCAAAUUGGAUACGUUUGUCAGCAUUGCCCUUUUUGAAGCUUACAUUGAUCAUGGUUGCUUCAAUGAAGCUCAAAAUGUUUUUUCUGAGAUGGUGCAAAAGGAUGAUGUGGCAUAUAACUUGGCAAUUCAAGGGUACAAUAGAAAUGGGCAUGCAACAGAGGCUGUGAGCUUAUUUCUUGAGUGUCUGAAGAUGGGGAAGGAAUUGAGAGAGGUAACUCUGUCAUCAAUCUUGAAGGAAGUAGGAUUGCAUUCAGGAAGACAGCUGCAUGCUAUGAUUUCCAAGUUUGGAUGCUCUGGUAGUGGUCAGUAUAACUUCCUACUUGGCCCUUUGAUUAGGAUGUAUUUGGACCAUCAUUUUUUGGAUGAUGCACUAUGUGUAUUUGAAAAGCUUCAUCAGCGAGACCUGGCACUGUGGACUUCACUCAUCUCAGGGUUUUCCCGGAUAGGAGAGAGUGAUGCCGCUCUGAAGCUGUAUGUCAGAAUGGUCACAGAGGAGUCAGUGGAACCUCCAAAUCACUACAUGUUUUCAGCUGUUCUCAGCUCAUGUGCACAAAUUGCAGCACUGGAAGAAGGAAAACAGAUCCAUGCCCAGGUGAUCAAGUCAGAUCACAGAGUGAAGUGCGAUACUUUUGUUGUGAGUAGCUUGUUACACAUGUAUGCAAAGAGUGGCCACAUAGAAGAAGCCAUUAGGCUAUUUGAAAAGAUGCCAAAACGAGACAUGGCCUCCUGGAAUGCCAUGAUCAGUGGCCUAGCUCAGCAUGGUUUUGCCAAAAGAGCCAUCGACACAUUCCAAGAAUUAGUGAAGCUGAAGUGACCAGAGCCUAACAUCAUGUGUGUAGCGGUUCUUUCUGCAUGCAACCAUUGUGGGUUGAGUUCAUAAAAGAACCCACAGUCGAUCAUUAUGCUUGUCUGGUAGGUAUAUUUGCCCGGGCAGGAAGGCUAAAUGCAGCAGUUGAUUUUGUAGAGAAAAUAUUCUUUGAAGACAAUGAGCAUAAUUGAUCAUCGGUGCUAGGAUCAUUCAGUUGGAUGAAUACAUGGCCAAAAGACUGUUGAAGCUGAAUCCAGUAAAAUUUGGGGCAUACAUUACCUUAGGAACAUUCUCUAACAUCAGUUGAACAUGUUAGAGAACUUUAUUGUUGGUUAACAAUAAAGUUGCAAAAGUAUGCUUUCAGAGCAGAUGGAAGGAGCUGCAUUUCAAAAUACCAUUGCUUGUUGAGUGAUGAUGUUAUUAACAUAUGUGCUUUAAACUGGCACCAUGUUUACCAGAAUUGAAGUUAAUAUUGACACAGGAGCUUCCAGAAUGUUGAAUGUGUCCCGCUAAUCUGCCGGUUCAGAAACUGUUGUGAAUUGUCAACCAUGAACACUUGCUUCGUCAAUCAGGAAUAAACUUGCUUCGAAGAAUUAUGACAUGGUCUGGAGGAGUUCAAAAAAAUUCUGGAGAAUGGUCAGAAGCUUUAUCGAAAGAAUUAUUGCAUAGAUGAUUGUAUCUAUCAUGCAUGUUACUGCAUCAAAUGAAUUUCUUGUGACUUCAAUAGUGAUUAAUAUUUACCGGUCAAUUUUGUACUGAUAUUUUUGAAAAGAUAAAUGUUAAAGAUAUAUUGGAUGA